AUGUUAGGCUUAUCAGCCAGUAUAGCCGAAGCGGAGCAACCGCCAAAUAUAGUCGUAAUUGUAGCAGAUGAUCUUGGAAAACACGAUGUUUCCAUGCACGGGGCGGACAUUUACACCCCAAAUUUGGACAUGCUAGCUAGAGAUGGAGUCCUACUGAAUAACUACUAUGUUCAACCAGUUUGCUCGCCAACGAGAGGAAGUCUGAUGACUGGUCGAUAUCCAUACAGGUUAGGUUUGCAACACGAAAACCUCGUUGGAUACAGACCAGCUGGCCUGCCACUUGAUGAGUACAUUAUGCCUCAGUACAUGAAGGAGUGCGGCUACAAAACAUACAUGGUCGGAAAAUGGCAGCUUGGAUUUUUCAAAGACAAUUAUCUUCCUUGGAAGCGCGGAUUUGAUGAGUUUUUUGGACAACUUCUCGGGGGACAGGAUUACUAUAGUAGAAGAAAAUGCCUGAAGCUGAGAAACUAUGGAAAUCUCUGCGGAUAUGACUUGAGAACCGAGCAAGGUCCAGUAAGAGAUACAUCGAUGAAGUAUCAACCCUUCUUGUACGCUGAUAAAGCUCGAGAAAAAUUCUUCGCUCACAACAAAACAGAGCCACUCUACAUGUACGUUGCCUUCCAGUCGGUUCAUCGACCUCUUCAAGCUCCCCAGCAAUACGUCAGCCUCUACAACGACAAUGUCCAAAUGUCAAACGGCCAACGAGUCUUCGCUGGAAUGGUCACUGCUCUUGACGCAGCUGUGGGCGAAAUCGUCGACGGGCUCAAAGAUUCAGGCCUGUGGAAUAACACCUUGAUCUAUUUUUCGAACGAUAAUGGUCGAGAAGAUGACUCGGCUUUCGUCUUGAAAGGUGGCAAGAAUGACUUUUGGCAAGGAGGCAUAACGGGAUAUGGCUUUUUCUCUGGUCCUGCCAUCCCGAACAAAAUGCGCGGCAAAAAGCUCAACGAUUUGUCUCACGUGUCGGACGUUCUUCCAACCAUGCUUUCCGCAGCAAAAUGUCACACUCUUCCACCGAAAGUCUUGGAUGGCCACGACUUGUGGUCUCGCCUGCAAGGCGACAAAAUCGCAGAAGAACAGAAACGAUCCGAGAUCAUCAUGCAGAUCAAUCCACUUCUUCGGCUUUGGGAAGAAGAUACAAGAUUUCAGAAUAGUACUUGGGAUACUCGAGUUCAAGGCGUAAUAAUCGAUGGAGAUUAUAAAGUCGUCGUAGGAUCACACUCAGUUCUCCGUCGGAAAGCAUCUGACUACCAGACCGUCUGGCUGUAUAAUAUCAAAGAAGACCCUCAAGAAGCAAAUGAUCUCAGUGGGACAAUGCCAAACCUUACCCACAAGCUUCUGCAUCGACUUCACAAAGAAAUGGACAAUGUUCGGGAACCAUGGCAUCCACUUCCUGAUCCAGCUUCUGACCCAGCUCUUCAUGGUGAUUUCUGGGGCCCUUAUCGCUCUGACUUCCAAAUAUUUGCCGAAGCAGCCGAUUCGUCAUCUUCAGAGGUCCCCGCUCCAACAAGAGGAAUCUACACGGUGUAG